AUGCUAAUGUGGCGGAGAAUUGUGGAAAUGCUCAAUCCUGGCAAGUCGGCGCAGGUGUUAGAGAUCAUGAAGAAGCGUUUGUUCGCGCGUAUUGGUGGGGUCGCUCCGACCGAGAUCGGAGUCUCCAAAGACGACAUUUACAACAACAUCGCGCUGUGGAGCGUCCUGGGCGACAAGAUCAAGACGUUCUGCACCGCCCUCGGCGGCAACGGUUGCCUGUUCUUCCUCAGUUCGCAGCUUUCCGUCGCGUUCCUGAGGAGCAAGUUUACCUCAAGCAAGCGCGAUCGAGAGAUCACAAUGCGCCACCUCAAGAAGAUCGGCCUGCCGCGGCGAGUCAGAAAUCCAAUCUAUGCACCGCCCUCCGACGGAAUCGAAUCUCUGGUAUUGCUCGCCAACGAUUCUACGUACCACAUUGCAGGUACCACCGACGUCCGAUCUAUCGUCGGUCUUUGGAGCAAGUCAUAUGCACUAAGCGGCCCGGGGCCGGAGUACAGACUCAAUCAGCUACGUUACAUCUGA